GACGCCCCUGCUCUCGCUGCGCGGCCAGGCUGGGGGCAUCCAUCCCUACGGUCCACAGCGCCGGAGCUGGGGGACCGCCCGCAGGCGACCGCAUCCCCGCGGCGGGCACCGCCGGUGGAGCAUCACCGGGGACCGCCUCGCCACAUCCCGGCAUCUGCCUCCUGCCGCCCCUGCCCACCCCGCUUCAGCGGCUUCCGCGACGGGCGCAAGUUGCGAGGCGGCGGAGCGGCGCGCAGCCCCCGCUCCCGCAUUCCUCCUGGCAGGGGAGGUGCCGGGGCGGUGCCGGAGCGCUGGCGGCGGAGUUUGCCGGUCCGGCUGGUGCCGCCCCUCCCUGUGUUUUCUUCGUUGUUCAUUUUUGGCGGGGGGAGCGGUGGCGGGGGAGGGAAGCGCUCUGCUCUCCGCAGCUUGCCGCGGUGCGGAUGCGUAUGGACUGGUCUUCGUGAACACAGCUCCCGACGUUUCCCAAGCAAACCCAGACCCAAACAAACCACCCACUUGGAUAACUAAACCGGUUUUUGGCAGUAUCCGGUAUUGCUAAGGGACAUUUAAUUCCUACUUCCAGUCCAGUCCUUAGGCUUCCUGGCACAGAGGCAGCUUUUCCAAGACUAUUCCAAACACAGGAGAUGGUAACUGCUACUGAUAAAGAACUGCUACUGAUAAAGAUCACCUUUAAAAAAAGAACAUGGAUUUAAUAAACUCAACUGAACAAAAUGGUACAUCAGAAGAAUUAUUUAAAUGGGCAACAUCCAAGAUUCUCAUUUCCAUUACCCUAUCUGUGCUUGCACUAAUGACAACGGCCAUCAAUUCUCUUGUGAUGACUGCAAUAAUUGUAACAAGAAAGCUCCACCACCCUGCCAACUAUCUAAUCUGCUCACUUGCAGUGACUGAUUUCCUUGUGGCAGUCCUAGUAAUGCCCUUCAGUAUUGUCUACAUUGUAAAGGAGACCUGGAUCAUGGGGCAAGUGGUGUGUGACAUCUGGCUGAGCGUGGACAUUACGUGCUGCACAUGUUCCAUCUUGCAUCUCUCCGCCAUUGCUUUGGACCGGUACAGAGCGAUCACAGAUGCUGUGGAAUAUGCACGAAAAAGGACACCUAAGCACGCUGGCAUCAUGAUCACAGUGGUAUGGAUCAUAUCUAUUUUUAUCUCCAUGCCACCUUUGUUUUGGCGGCACCAGACAACCAGCAGGGAUGAUGAAUGCAUCAUCAAACACGACCACAUUGUUUCCACCAUUUACUCUACAUUUGGCGCCUUCUAUAUCCCACUGGCCUUGAUUCUGAUCCUUUAUUACAAGAUAUACAAGGCAGCAAAGACAUUUCACAGAAGAAGCGUCAGCCGGAUUGUAAGGGAGGAGGUAAAUGGACAAGUGCUCUUGGAUGCAGGUGAAAGAAGCACCAAGUCAGUUUCAAUGCCCAGCACAGCAGAGAAGACAUCAGAUCCCGUGGUGAACUGUGAUAAAAUCAGUAUCACCAUACGAAGCCCGAGGUCUGAAUCUAAGCAUGAGAAGUCCUGGAAAAAACAGAGAAUCUCUAGCACAAGAGAGCGAAAGGCAGCAACUACGCUGGGUCUGAUCUUAGGGGCAUUUGUGAUCUGCUGGCUCCCUUUCUUUGUAAAAGAAGUAGUUGUUAAUACCUGUGAAAGAUGUCACAUCUCGGAAGACAUGUCUAAUUUCCUAGCAUGGCUGGGAUACAUAAAUUCCCUUAUUAACCCUCUAAUCUACACAAUCUUUAAUGAAGAUUUCAAGAAAGCCUUCCAGAAGCUUGUGCGGUGUAGGCAAUAUCUUUAAGAGCUUUUGUUCAUAUAAGGAGAACAUACUCAUUGGGUUUUUAACCUGUAUAAAUUUAUAUAACUGAGAUGACAUUUGUUGUAUUUAAGAAAAAACACUGAGACUCUUCAUUUACAUGAUGACUUUUGUAUCAGUAGCACUGGGAGCAUAAAUUGCCCAAGUUUUAAAGAGAUGGAUCAUCUGCAGUCAGUUUUGCUCUGGAAAAAGAGGUAGCAUAUUGUGGCUCUAAUCCAGUUGGGAUUUGCACAGCUGCCUAGCUUGAAGCCUAAGGUACUACCUUAAAUAUGAAGGAAAUAUACACUUGAAGUAGACAAAGUAACAAAAUUUAAAAAAAGACGACACACCCUAAUCACAAAUAAGACAGAAAAUACACCCUGGAAUUAAGACAUGAUUUUAUUAGUUUGGCACAGGCCUGCAGCACAGAGCCAACCCUUUCCCAGGGAAGAGUAGUAACUUAAACAUAUCUAGCAUCAUCCUGUGUUGAUUAGCUGAGUGCAGCUGCAGCUCUGGCUUUCUCCUGCAGAUGAAGGACUUGCCUGUGUUUUGCCCUCAGAGAACUCCAGCAGCAGGUGAGGUGCUUUCAUGGGUUAUUAGUUUCGUAGCCAGCCAGUGUUACAAGCCCUCUGCCACUGUGCAUCCACAAGAGAUGUGGGCACAGCCCCAAGGGAAACAGCCAGACAGCUGGGGCACCUCCAGUGAGCUGGGUACACGUAGUGCCUGGUGCUCUGAGAAACCAGUGCAGUAGCGUGUAGGGAGGGUAAGCUCAUAAAGAGCACCUGGUCCUCCUAAUGGAGAUGUGAGAAAGGAGAAAUGCAUGAGACUCCUUUCUUCAUGUCCUCACCCCUACCUCACACACCUUAUGAGGCACGGCUCAUAUGACUUUCAGCACCAAACCCAGCCACACAGUUUGUGCAGGAGCCCCUAGAGCAUUGCUGUCACUGGGUGGCUUAGUGAGGUUUGGUUGAGUGCCACCUAAUGAAGAACUUUGGCUAACAGCUCCAGCUCAGCAUGUUCAGCCCUCCAUUGGCUCAGAAGACUGGUGUCCCCCAAUUCUUUACUCAGCUGCCUCAAGCAAUAGGGCUGUGCACCCUCUUUCCAAGCCUGUGAGAAAGCAGAUACCGACCAUGGUACUGGCAGCAUGGGUCCCUGGAAAAGGUUGUGCAGCAGUUUCUGCAGUAAGGGCAGAGGAAGUGACUUCAGUACACAGUGCCCACCUAGGCAGGGGAUCCUGUGGGGUGCUCACUGGCUGGCACUUCCUUCCCCCAAAGCAUUUAGUCCAUGUCCCCAGUCCCAGCAGAGCUAAAAGGACCUUGCAGGCACUCCAGCCAGCCCUGACCAGCUUGGUUCAGUCAAAGGUAACCACAAUGAACAAAUCUCUUUGUGGGCUCCUUCUAAGGCCUCAAAAAUGGCACUGUGGCCAGCUUUGAUUUACAUGCCAGCCUUCGAUUUACAUGCCCACAGCGCUUUUGAGUGCAAGAACAGCCCUCACCUCAAAACCAGCAAAGCAAGUUUACCACCAGCUAAGGGUACUAACAGGGAAGUAGGCAUUUACCCCUAAGUGCAGGCAAGCUGCUAAAAGCCACACCAGAACCCAAGGAUGGAUUUUGCACUUUUCAGGACAAACAGAUCUAGGCUGUGCCAGCAAGACUCUGGCUCUGAGUUUAUUGCCAGCCAUUCAGUGCUUUCUAGCAGAAAUAGGGACUUGAAGCUCCUUACAGGAACUACAAACCCUACUGUCAGGAGCAGCAGUCUCCUGCAAAAGCACCGAUUUGGCACCUGAGCCAGCAGCUUAAGGACAUCUCAAAGAAGCUGAGACAGAAGACCACUAUGCACACGUUAGAUUUGGAAAGGUAUCACCCACUGGUCUUUGCAGUUCUUCUUCCAAGAGACUUUCAGUAGUUUGCAUUAGACAAGAAAACCCAGAAAGAAAUCAUCACUGUCAUUGUUCUCUUCCCCUUCCCCCUUCCCUGUAUUACAAACUCUGCAGUUAAAUAAUCUUCAUAUUUUGCCCACUAGCUACCAGCUGACACAACAGCUGUCAGAGGUGUUUCUUGCAAGAUGACAAGGUUUGAAACCUGAAAUAUUGAGCUAAUUUGUUUCUGUCACUUGCAACUUACUGUAUUCUGCUUUCAUAUCAAGGUCUAAAUGAGAUGCUAUUCACAAGUAGUAGAAACAGUGCAUUUGCUUUAUUGUUGAUUUUAACCCAGCCAGGAAUCUAAUGGAAAGCUCGUCAUGCCAUGUAGCUCCAGCACAGCAGUAGCACAGCUAAAUUUUGAAGAUAUUAGGAUGCGACAGGAUGGAAUUUGGUGGAUGGUCAGUGCAAGCUAGCCCACUUUCCUACCACUGCAGUCAGAGCACAGCCUCUGCAGCCCCCGUGACCUUGGCAAUGGCUGCAUUAUGAUGAAAGAAAAAACUGCUUUAAACAUCAGCUGUGUUCUGCUGUCUCCAGGAAAAGCCAUGGAAUUCAGCUUUCUAAAAGGAUUAGCAGAGUAGCAGAAAGCAGCAAAGAAAACCCCACUGAAACAUCUAAGAUUGAAGACCUGUUUCUCACAUUUCCCGGGUACUCAGUCAUAGCACUGGAUAU